AUGUGCGGGAAGAGGUCCAAGUGCUCCUUCUCCCGCCUGGAGGUGAUCCUCAUCAUUUGCCUGGUGGUGAUGAUAGUGGUGACCGUGGUGCUCCUCAUCCUCCACUUUCUCACCAAAGAGAGCAACGAUACCAGUGAACUGGUAUCAGCAAACUACUUACUGGGCGUGGGUCGAGCUGACUGCACGGGACCUGUGGCAGAAGUUCCUCUGAUGGGAUAUGCCAACCCGGAGCAGGUGGGCAGAGGGCUUCUCAUGCGCCUCUACAGUCGAGCCUUCAUCGUGGCAGACCUUGAUGACUCCAGGCGAGUAGUGUUUGUCAGCGCUGACAUAGGAAUGGUGUCUCAGAGACUGAGGCUGGAGGUGCUCAAGAAACUGAAGAGCAAGUACGGCGAGCUGUACCGACAGGACAAUGUCAUCCUCAGCGGCACCCACACGCACUCAGGGCCUGGUGGCUACUUCCAGUACACCCUCUUCUGGAUCACUAGCAAAGGGCUAAUCAGACCAUCCCUCAACGCUAUUGUGAAUGGCAUCGUAAAGAGCAUUGAUAUAGCACAUCAGAACAUGAAGAGAGGAAGGCUUUUUAUAAACAGAGGCACUGUAGAAAACAGCCAGAUCAACCGAAGCCCUUUCUCCUAUCUUGAGAAUCCAGCAUCCGAACGAAGCAGGUAUUCAUCCAACACGGAUAAAGAAAUGGUGAUGCUCAAGAUGGUAGAUGAGAAUGGACAGGAGCUAGGCCUUAUCAGCUGGUUUGCUGUGCACCCAGUCAGCAUGAACAACACAAACCACCUUGUAAACAGCGACAACGUGGGCUACGCAUCUUACUUGUUUGAACAGGAGAAGAACAAGGGGAUGCUUCCUGGAGAGGGCUCUUUUGUUGCCGCCUUUGCAUCCUCCAACUUGGGAGAUGUGUCGCCCAACACCAAAGGCCCGUUCUGCGUAAACACGGGGCAAUCAUGCAAUAACUCACAUAGCAUCUGUCCUGUAGGAGGGGCAAAGAUGUGCAUGGCCAUGGGUCCCGGUAAUGACAUGUUUGACAGUACAAGAAUCAUAGGGCAAAAUAUCUACUUGAAAGCAAGGGAACUGUAUGAAAAAGCUUACCAGGAGGUCACAGGGCCCCUCAGCUCAGCUCACCAGUGGGUGAACAUGAGUGAUGUCUCGGUGGAGCUCAAUGCCACGCACACGGUUAAAACAUGUAAACCAGCCUUAGGAUACAGCUUUGCUGCAGGGACUAUUGAUGGAGUGGGGGCUUUCAACUUCACACAAGGCUCACUAGAAGGGAACCCGUUUUGGGAUGAAAUCCGGGACCAGCUGCUGGGAGAGCCCUCCAAUGAAACAAAAGCCUGCCACAAACCCAAGCCAAUCCUCUUUAGCACCGGAGAGAUGACUUGGCCUCACCCAUGGCACCCUGACAUCGUGGAUGUUCAGAUUGCUGCCAUUGGAUCACUGGCAAUCAUUGCUGUUCCCGGAGAGUUCACGACCAUGUCUGGACGCAGGCUACGGGAAGCUGUUAAAAGAGAAUUUGAUUCUCAUGGUACACCAAGAAUGGAUGUUGUAAUUGCAGGUCUGUGCAAUGUCUACACCCACUACAUUACCACCUAUGAAGAAUACCAGGUUCAACGAUAUGAGGCUGCAUCAACUAUUUAUGGGCCACACACCCUUUCUGCUUACAUUCAACUGUACAGAGGACUCGCAAGGGCUAUUGCUACGAAUACAGUUCAGGAUUUGCCACGUGGUCCAGAGCCCCCAUUUUUCAAUAUAGGUAACAUGACCUUGCUGCCUUCUCUCACUGCCGAUCGCGUGCCGGUGAAUAAGACUUUUGGGGAUGUGCUACAAGAAGUGAGACAACAGUAUCGAGCGAGAGAAGUUGCUGAAGUAACUUUUGUAGGUGCGAACCCCAGGAACUCUGCAGAGAAUGCGACUGAACACAACUUCCUGACCGUGGAGAGAUACACCAACACUUCAGACAGCUGGCACGUGGUAUGGAACGAUGCCUCCUGGGUCACCAGGUUUUACUGGACCAAAGGAUCAUUUGGUCGGAGCAACGUGACUAUUGAAUGGCACAUCCCUCGUGACACAGAGCCAGGUGUCUACAGGAUACGGUACUUCGGGCACUACAAGAAAAAUCUGUCUAAAAAUUCCGCUGCCUUUAUUGCAUUUGAAGGCACAUCUUCGGCAUUUGAAAUCACAGCUCUGUAG